AAUGAACCACCUCUUGCUUAUUAUCGAUUUCCAAUUAUCGGACAUACAUGGAGUUUUUUAAUGGAUUGUGAAAAAUUAAUUUUAGAAUCACGAGAAAAGUAUGGAGAGACAUUCUCAUUAUGUAUAUUUGGUGAAAUAGUUACCAUAGCUGGAAAGGAAACAACUCAUGAAAUAUUAAACAAGGAUCAUGACUUUAAUCUUAAUGUAGCCAUUAAAGCGGUUACAAAAAGACAAAAAGACCUUAUUAAGGCCAUAGAUCUUCAUAUUGGUGAAUGUAUUGAACCAAAGAUUAUUCAUGAUCCACAUAAAACUUUAACAAAAAUUAUUACAAUUCCGGUUGCUAAACUUAUUGUUGGUGAAGAAUGUUGCAAUUAUAAGGAUAUAUUGGAAACUUUUAAAACCUUAACAGAUUCAAUUUUUAAACUUCUUUAUAUACCACCAAUACUAUCUUUUAUACAUCCCUGGCUUCAUCUACAAUUUAUCACAAUACCUUUAAGGUUUGGUUGGAAUCCACUUUCAAAGCAUAAAAAAGUAAUUAUCAGUCGCAUUAAACCAAUUAUCAAAAAACGUCUUUACGACAAAAAGAGAUUAGGAAAUGCUUGGGUUGCUCCACUAGAUGGAUUACAAUGUUACUUAGAUGACCCUGAAAUAACUCCUGAUCUUGAUCCAAAUAAUGUAAAUUAUAAUUAUAUUGUUGAUGGAAUUAGCAGUUUUAUUUUUGCUGCCAUGGCAUCUACGUCUUUAUGUGCUACAAAUGUUUUAUAUGGUUAG